CUCCCUUUUGUGAGUUAUAGCAACCGUUGCCUUGUGAAUCAAGCGCCAUAGUCACCGUAGUCCUGGCGACUGUUACCCAUCAACAACAACGGCUCCUCUCCUCUUCCUCCACCACCUCCUCCUGCUGCUCCUCCUCACCCCCAUCAUCACCCCCUUCCUUAUCAUCACUCACAACAACAACCUCCACCAGCAAGAGCAACACCACCACAGCCCUCCACAGCCCAGAAGCCGCAAUGCAGACAUCAGAGACUGGGUCGGACACAGGUUCAACAGUGACUUUACAGACUUCUGUAGCUGGCCAAGCAGCCGUGCCCACACAAGUGGUUCAGCAGUUACCAGUACAGCAACAGGUUCAGCAAGUGCAAACUGUACAACAGGUACAGCAUGUAUAUCCAGCCCAGGUGCAGUAUGUGGAGGGAAGUGACACAGUCUACACAAAUGGAGCUAUACGAACAACUACAUAUCCUUACUCAGAAACUCAGAUGUACAGCCAAAACACUGGGGGGAAUUACUUUGAUACCCAAGGAAGUUCUGCACAGGUGACAACAGUGGUCUCUUCUCAUAGUAUGGUGGGAACUGGAGGCAUUCAGAUGGGUGUCACUGGAGGACAGCUUAUCAGCAGCACCGGAGGUACCUACCUGAUUGGCAAUUCAAUGGAAAAUUCAGGCCAUUCAGUGAGUCACACAACACGAGCCUCCCCAGCUACAAUUGAAAUGGCGAUUGAAACACUACAAAAGUCUGAUGGUCUAUCCACUCACAGAAGCUCUCUUCUCAACAGCCAUCUCCAGUGGCUUUUAGACAACUAUGAAACAGCAGAAGGAGUGAGUCUCCCCAGAAGCACCCUCUACAACCAUUACUUGAGACACUGUCAAGAGCAUAAAUUGGACCCAGUCAAUGCUGCCUCUUUUGGAAAGCUAAUAAGGUCAAUUUUCAUGGGCCUACGGACCAGGAGAUUGGGAACCAGGGGGAACUCCAAAUAUCAUUACUAUGGGAUUCGUGUCAAGCCAGACUCUCCUCUUAAUCGUCUACAAGAGGACAUGCAAUAUAUGGCUAUGAGACAGCAACCCAUGCAACAGAAACAGAGGUACAAGCCUAUGCAGAAAGUGGAUGGAGUCACAGACAGUUUCACAGCAAGUGGUCAGCAGACAGGUGCAUCUGUUGAACAAACUGUAAUUGCCCAAAGUCAGCAUCAUCAACAGUUUUUGGAUGCAUCUCGAGCACUUCCAGAGUUUGGAGAAGUUGAAAUCUCUUCUCUGCCAGAUGGUACUACUUUUGAGGAUAUCAAGUCAUUGCAGAGUCUCUAUCGAGAACACUGUGAGGCAAUAUUGGAUGUUGUAGUGAACCUUCAGUUUAGCCUAAUAGAAAAAUUGUGGCAAACUUUCUGGCGUUAUUCUCCCUCAACAACAACUGAUGGCACUAUUACUGAACCAAGCAAUCUGAGUGAAAUAGAAAGUCGACUUCCGAAAGCAAAGCUGAUUACUCUGUGCAAAAAUGAGUCAAUUCUGAAAUGGAUGUGUAACUGUGACCAUGUGAUGUACCAGGCUUUGGUGGAGAUUCUCAUUCCUGACGUCCUUAGACCUAUUCCUAGUGCCUUGACCCAAGCCAUUCGCAAUUUUGCAAAAAGCCUUGAAGGUUGGCUUUCCAAUGCCAUGAACAAUAUUCCACAGAGAAUGAUUCAAACCAAGGUUGCCGCUGUAAGUGCCUUUGCUCAGACCCUGCGAAGAUACACAUCUCUUAAUCACCUGGCUCAGGCAGCUCGUGCUGUUCUGCAGAACACUUCUCAAAUCAACCAGAUGCUUAAUGACCUCAACCGUGUUGAUUUUGCCAAUGUCCAGGAGCAGGCUUCCUGGGUGUGCCAGUGUGAUGACAACAUGGUACAGAGGUUGGAAACAGAUUUCAAGAUGACUCUUCAGCAGCAGAGCACUCUGGAGCAGUGGGCUGCCUGGCUUGAUAAUGUAAUGAUGCAAGCACUGAAACCAUAUGAAGGAAGACCUAGUUUUCCUAAAGCAGCACGGCAGUUUCUGUUAAAGUGGUCCUUUUACAGCUCGAUGGUUAUUCGAGAUUUAACUUUGCGCAGUGCUGCUAGCUUUGGUUCUUUUCAUCUGAUCCGUCUAUUGUACGAUGAAUACAUGUUUUACUUGGUAGAACAUCGCGUUGCUCAAGCCACAGGAGAGACACCUAUUGCAGUCAUGGGAGAGUUUGGUGAUUUAAACGCUGUGUCCCCUGGAAAUAUGGACAAAGAUGAAGGCAGUGAAGUUGAAAGUGAAAUGGAUGAAGAGAUGGAUGAAUCUGGAGAGCCACAAGCAAAGAGAGAGAAGACUGAAAUAAGCCAGGCCUUUCAGGUGGGCUGCCUACAGCCAGUACUCGAGAGUGGAGUACAGCAGAGCCUCCUGAAUCCUCUUCACAAUGAGCACAUUGUUACAGCUACUCAAACUAUAAGACAAUGCAGUGCUACUGGAAAUACAUAUACUGCAGUCUAACAAAUAUUAAAGCUACUUUUCCAGAUUAUAUUAGCCCUGUUGAUGUUGGGCUUAUCAUGGGGGGAGGGGUGCAAAAAAGAAGUCUGAAGAUUGACUGUUGUCAAAUUUUAUCUGUGCUUGAACACUACUUUUACUGGAGUUGUGAAAUGGAAUGGGUGUAUGUAUUUUGCGAGGUCUUUUUUGGAAAAAAAUAAUUGGGAAAUACAAUCAUUUUACACUGGCCGCUUAAUAUUAAAAGUUUUCUUAGCUUCAAGAGUCAAGAAGGGUUUUUGCAAAGCUUAAUGUUAAUGUUUGUGUCCUCUUUAUAAUUAAAAGUAAUUUAAUUUUUUUCAUAGUUUUUACAAAAUAUUUUAAUGUUAACUGUUAGUCAUGGUGAUUUUGUAUAAAUAGGGUUUUUUUAAAAUUAAAUGCACUCUGAAAUAUCCAAAAAAAAUCCUCUUUGAUUUACACUGGAGGCAUAUUCAUUUGUCAGCAGCUGCAUUACAGUUAUUAUAAAAAGGCAGCUUUCAUUGGAGAGAACUGGAAGAUGCUAUUUUAAUACAUUUCAGAGUGUUCAGGGGAUUGGAAAUUUUAUUAUAAUGCUAGAUGCUUGAGAACAUAGACUGUCUUCUUUCUCAGAGGAAGAGCUAAUGAUUGCGGGAUAAAUAAGAUCUCUAAUAACAUGUGGAAAUGUGUACUUAAUAAAUGUACAUAUGACUCCAUCACAGACAGUGCAAGCUUCCUUUAAAAAAAUCAGCUUUAGUUAUUUUCUUAUGAACUCCUCUUUUAAGACUACUGAUUUCAGAGACAGUCUGGCCAAACACAGACUCCACACAACCUCUGUUCAUUUCUGUAAAGCUUGUGCAGGAUUCCAACCACACCACACAUACAUGCAAAACAAAGGUCAAACCACAUUUAAAUGAGUGGAGAUUGUGUUUCUGUAGUGCUUGGUGGAUUGUGUGCCUCAUAGACAUAUAGGACCACUACGCAGGUGGUUUCUGCUCUUCA